AUGUCUGGUUUUGGAAAUUGGUACAAAGAGCAACAAGCCGAAAGCGGUGGAGGCAAUGGAGGCGGUAGUGUUGGGAACAGCUUUUUUGGUGUCGAAAUCCCUGAUUUCAAUGUCAAUACAGACCAAAUCCUUCCUCUAACCGAAGGCAUGCCCAACAUGCCCAACAUGAGCAUGCAGAACAUUCGAGAGACGAUGGAAUCACAAAUGCCAAAGAAGAUUAUGGGGAUGAACUAUCAACAGCGAUUCAAGGUCUUCACGGCUCUCCUCCUGCUGUCGGCUCUGUUCUUUGCGUUGGCUUUUAGUGUGGGAAUGCCAAUGAUUACCGUGCGACCGCAAAAAUUCGCAAUAAGCUUCACUUUCGGAAGUCUCCUCUUCAUGGGCAGCUUUGGCAUUCUCAAGGGCCCAUGGGAACAUUUGAAGGGAAUGUGUGCUGGAGACAGAAUGUAUUUCACAACAAUUUACGUGGGGAGUAUGAUUGCCACGCUUCAUUUCACAUUCAACAUGGGAGGCCCCAAAGGAUAUGUCAUUGUCAUGGCGGCUUCUGGCUGUCAGCUUUUGGCUCUCGUAUACUACCUGGUUAGCUUCUUGCCCGGUGGAGCAACGGGAAUGCGGAUCCUGUUGGCUGCCAUGUGCCAAAUGCUGAAACCAGUCUUUAUCUUGUGCGCCAAAUUUCAAGCAAUCUGCAUGGCAAAAUGCUGUAGUUUCCUCGUCAGAAGAAGGUAA